AGCACUCUUCUGUUGUUGUCUGUAUUAAAAGCUGGUUUUAACCAUGUCUGAGGACAAGAAGCCAAUUUAUAGGGAUGAUAGCCGUGAACACUUCGAUGUGGACUUCAGUGGAAGUAGAGGCAGCAUAAACAGUACACAGCGGGAUUACGGGAGAGAUGAAGACAACUCAGAAACAAACGAGGAUGAAAUCAUACAUUUAAGUUUGGAUAAAGAAGAGAGUUCUGAGAGGGCUGAGAGGUUAACUGGGCUGAAAGCUUAUAUCAGGAGCACAUUUCAGUGGUUUCCACACACCGCUUCCGCCACAGAGAAGGCGAUUUGCACCACGAUGCAGGUUCUAAUCGUGGGUAUCCUCGUAUGCUGCUACUGCUUCGACAUGGGUGCCUUUAACAACAGAUCCCUGGUUAAAGAGGAAAUGGAUGAAACUGUCACUGCGGCCAAAAAUAUCAUCUGGUCUGUGAGGUUUCUGGAACUGAACUUCCUUGGGGUGCUUUACUUUCGGAAACGACACCUGGAGGAAAUGCUAUCAAAAGUGAUUUUGACAGAGCGAUACUGGAAGAAAACCCAGAAAACCAUCAGAAAAGCAAUCCUUGCUGUAAUUGUCUGUGAGGUCAUCUUUCCAGUCUUUUUGAAAGCUGUCCAAAUGAAUUUGUCGACUCAAAAAGUGGCAUCUUUUAACAUGGUGCAAAUGAGUUUGGCGAUUUCUCUGUCACUUUUCGCUCGCCUUGCAGCGCUGCCGAUGUUUGUCGGCUUCAUUUACGAAGUCUACAUCAUUUUCAGCCACAUUCGCUUUUUCAAAAAGGAAAUCCUAAAGUGGCCCGAGGAUACAUUCGAAGAAGCUAGGAAUCGUUUCAUAGAUAUCACAGUCAUGAUUCGACGUGCAGAAAGAUAUUUUCAACCAUUCCUCAUCACACACCUACUUCUGCUGUUGGUCCUGCUCAUUCCGUCAGUAUUUUCCUGUGUUGAACGCUUCCAAACUGAGAUGUACUACCGGCAGAAAUACAGCGACCCCCUAAUGUUAACUGCGGCAGCACAGAUCCCAUCAAACACGGGCCUCAUUGAUACUAAUGUGAGUAGUUUUUAUAACAACAACAAUGAACUGGGUCCAAACAACGCUAAUCCAAACAACACUCAUCUGCAAUCUAUGAAGGCAUACAAGCUGCAAUUUGAGCACAUUGAACAGCGUACAGACGUAAAAGAAGUGAUAAGGAUUGGUAGUAGUGCUUUAGGUGUUCUCCUGGAAAUGCUGGUGUUAUACACCCUGCCAUUAGUGUUCCUGGCCAAGUUGCAUAAGAUCAUGACAAGUUUACCUGAAGUUGUUCGAGAUCUGAAAUUUUCAGAACAGAGGGAGGCAGGAUACCUGUUCCAGAACAAUGAAAUAUUAGAUAAGAUGCUGGCAGUUCUGUCAACAGGCAGGGGUAUUCAGAUAAUGGGAAUGAAUUUGACAGGUGUCAAGACUGCUUUGGUGACCCUGCUGCUGCCAUUUCUAACGGCGGCAAUUCACCUGUUGCUCUUGCAUGUCGAUCUUAACUAAAAUUAAAUGCAUGAAAGGUCAAUAUAGUUACAUGUAAGUAAAUAGCAGCAGGGAGCUGCAUGUGUUCUUUUUACAGAACAGAAUUGCCACCACCACCUGCCCCCCUCCCCCCAACCAGAAAAUAGGCAAAAUCAUGUGAAUAGUAAACAUAAAUUCGUAUAUUCCAGUAUAAAGUGUAAAUAAUUUGUACAAGAUAACCUUGUGACAUUUCUUUAAACUUACUAUUCGUUGUCUAUUUUAUGUGAGUAAAGCCUGGGAAGAUAAUUUGCAUGCUAUUUUCAGUUAUGUAGUUUACCUGCUAAUAGCACAAAAUGUCCACUAGGAAACCACAUAUUCUACAAAACUUGCAACAUAUGUUAGGCUGAUUAACUUCAGUUUGGUCAAUACAAAGCACAGUCAUUUGGUAUUUUUGAAUCAUGUUAUAGUUAUGUUGAUAAUUUUCAGGAGUUUGAUAAUGUACUUUGUUGCUCGAAAACUGAAGACUGUUUCAUUUCUCAAUUAAAAUAUUUUGAUUUCCCAAUAUUAUCAAAUCGUUUUUAAAAGAUCAUUUAAGAUUUCAUAAAAACAACUCUGAAAGUUGUUUUAUUGUACAUUUUUUGUAAAGAAAAUUAAGACCAAAAGGUUGUGGAACACAGUUCAUUGUUUGUCCAAAAAAGAAUAAAAAUGCUAUUGGAAAUCCUUCAUUGUGCAUGCAAUCUACAUCAGACCUUCACGUACCUGUUAGCUUAUAAGUGAAUACUCUGUUGGAUACCUGAUUUCCAGAAUUAACUCAGUAGGCUCUUUAUGAAAACUAAUAAUGAGUACAAUGUAGAAUAGAUCAAAAUUAUUGGAACUUACUGUUCCAAUUUCAUUUUAUUAUUUUGCUUUAUUCAAAACGAAUGCAUUAUUACAGUAUACAGCUUUAGUCAUGUUAGUAAGGAAUUGGGUUCUAAUGUACACCAUAUUUUGUAAUUUCAGUUAUAUUUCUCUAUGAAAAUAAAAUUUUAAAUACAUCAAUAAAUACAUCAAUACAACCAUGUUUAGAACGAAUGGCACAGGUUUCUUUUCAAAUCACCUCUGAGUUGAGAGCUUACUUACAAGGUAUCAACAUACUUUAAAUUUCAUGUCACGGUGAUGUACAAAGGCUAAGUUGAUGAAUGUCAGCACACAAUGGGAGAAGCAUUACUGGUCCACAAUCCAUUGUCAACUUCUAUCUCGGACUGUAUUAUUUUUUCUUCAUCGUAUUCUUCAAAUGAAGCCAAACCAAGUGGAUAUCAGUGUAUCAAGUGCUUGGUGGCCGCUUAAUUGAUAGAGUUGACGAAAAGGGGAGGUAUAAUUGCCCAUUCUUUUCUACAAAAUUAUUUCAUCAGGACUUUGAUUACAGAGGGUGACUGGUUAAUAGAGGUUCAACUGCAUCUGAAUAUCAUGAUCAGACCAAAGCCCAUGCAGUGAUACAUUGUAUCAACUGUGUUUCAAGAUUAGAUUGGCCACUGUAGAGUUCAAGUUCAAGUUCGUUUAUUCACACUUAUUCAAUUACAAUACAACAACAAUAAGGAAAAAAAAAGAAGAAUUAAAUAAAAAAAACAGAGCUAACUAUACAUCGAAUUAAACAUAACAAAGGAAAAGAGUGUGUAGCAGCCAAUGGAGCCAAGCUUUCGAGUUGGCUACUACCACAUAGCGGUUACAAGUGGGUGGAGGUUAUACAGCUACUACUACUAAUAAUAAAACUAUUUAGAUUAAAUAAUUAAAUAAAUAGAACUGGUAAACUCUCCACGUGUUUAACUCUCCACCCCGCCAUCUUGGUCGUCACGACCUAUCGCAGCAAUCAUCGAGAUAGAGACUUGCCUGCGUGCAGACGUCUCCUAUUUCCUUUGUUGCACGCGGAAAAGGGACGUCUGCCUAACGCCGUCGCUAAUCGUGUUCCAGCGUCCUGCUGGGUUCCCAAGAUCUUGGGAACACGCUGUGAUAGGCUGACACACAGUGCACAUUGCUUGACUUAACGCUGAUUGGUUGUUAUCGAAUGUGGUCUGAUAAUGUAUGCGGUGAUUUAAAUGAUUUAUGUAAGCGGGGUUUCCUAACCAAAACAAAUCAAAACAUGUGCGAUUGUGUGCUGUGUUUUUCGUCGAUCGAAAAGCAGAGCGAUCGAAAUCUUGUGCGGGGACAGGGGAAAAUUUAACGUGUAGAUGUCUGCACGCACGCAAGAUAGAGACGGGUGAUAGAGAAGAUGACAUUUCAAGUGCUAGUCUUUUGUCAGGCCGGAGAGUGAAUCCAUGCAGUGAUCGAUGACUUGUUACUUACUGUAAGUUGUAACUUCAUUAAAAAUAAUUAAUAUACAUCCUUUUACCCUGAGUGAGUUGAACAAGAUGGGUUGUCCUAGGUUUGUGUUCAACCAGACUUGCUGAGCUGGCAGAGGACUGGGUAGUUCAGGCCAUCUAAGAUGAUGUUCAACAAGAUAGGACAAAAAGUUACCUUGUCCUGAACUUUUGUAUCCCCUCCAAACAUGAUACCCAAAUAUGCCAAGUGAAACAUUGAGAGAAAGCUUAAGCCAAGAUUUACAGCCAUUACCCAAAAGUUGCCCUGAAAGAAACAUACCAAAUCAGUAUUUGCCAGUGCAGUAGCACAAAAUAUCUACAUGUAUAAUUUAAGUGUCUCAAGCCACACCCUCUAACCCCUCACUGCUUUUCCUUUUCUUGUAGCAAUUAGCAAGAAGUACAAGCUUAGAGCAUAUAUUUCCCUUUUAAUCUUUUAAUAGAACUAACACGUAUGUAACUAUACACACUUUCAAAAGUUAAUAUUCCAUUAUUAUCUUUAAUAUUGCGAACCAGUUCUUUAAUACUUGUUUUCUAGAAUUAACAUACUCAAUCAAGAUAACUUGAGUUUAUUUUGGCCAAUGAACGUCAUAGUUGGAGUAACUUGCCGCGCAUGCUAUUCCUCGAUCCCCAAGCGAAGUUCUUGAACAAAGCUAUGAUAACAUCCGUAUGCUUUCCUUGCCUUCAAUAUUGGUCUCACCCAGAAGCGCCUUCGAUUUUCCCUGUUUUCUGUCAGGAGAUGUCGUCUUGAUUCAAGAAGCAAAAGGAUUAAUACACAGUGUAUCAUGAUCAUGCGAUGGCGAAAAAAAACCUGAUUAAACGUAGUCGAUGCAAUAAAUCCCAUCAUUACUGCAUUUAAUCCGUAGGGUUGUAUGGCGACCACUUAUAAAGCACAUCGCACUCAAAACGAUGAGUACACCCCUUAAUUUCCACGUCUUGCACCUGUGUUCCCACUAGUUCAUAACAACUUUAUGAUUAUGAUUAUGUUUAUGAUUAUGAUCAUUAUGUCGCUAAUGGGAACCAAACCUUACAAGUCGCUUAAAACUUUCCAUGACAACAUGAUUUCUGCUGUUUUUGUUUAAUUAAUAAAUAAUAUUGGCGCGAUGGGCAACCUUUGCAAAGUAUAAAUAUAGAAAUAGAAACAUACAGAGAACGUGUAUUCAUGGCGUCUUUAAAAAUACAUUCUUUCGCAGCAGUUAUUCAUAUGGUACCGUAAAAUUCCGAAAAUAAGCCCCCGGGCUUAUAUUUUUCAAAAGCCCUUUUUGAGGGGCUUAUUUUUGGAGGGGCUUUAAGGUCCUUUAAUAUAUUCGGAGGGGCUUAUCUACGGAGGGAAAUUUGCGUUUUAAAAUCGAUUGGGCUAGCCUUAUAGUUGAAAGUAAAUUUAUCGAUUUUGCUUUGUUUUACUUUGUAUUUGAGGGUAAUUUUCCAAGUACAAGCCCCAGGGGGAGGGGCGAUUUAACGGAGGGUUUUUUGCGUUACCGGUGUCUCAGUGAUAUGUGUAUCCCCGUGAUAUGUGUAUCCCCGUACACAUAUCCCUAGUGAUAUGUGUAUCCCUCCAAUAUGGCUGCCAGUGAAAUGUGUAUCCCCUACCCCCCACCCCUCCAAACAAGUGUCGGUUUUAUUUCUGUUGUUUUUGUGAAUUUUGCGAAUCAUCGUCAAAGGGACUACAAAUGAUUCAAGAUUACGAGCAGCACAAUCGACAAAAGAGCAUCGAUUCGAGACAAAAUAAUCGCAAAGCUGUCUCUGGCGAGUUUACUUCUUCGUGGGCCGCAAUGUUGAUGUAAACAUUCGUUCUCGCUCCUCUCCUUAUCCAACGUGAUUAUAAUUCAUAUGUCACUAGUCGCGUUAAAUAAGUAUGACUGACAAAAUUUCAUUCAGCAAGGGAUAACUCGAAAAGUCAAAAAAUAUAGAGGGGAUACACAUAUCUCUGCGCUGGUCCAGUGAUAUGUGUAUCCCCCCGUGCAAGCACCAUAAUAAUCCACCUUUUAAGUUGUUUGAUUCCUGUAAACCUCAGUAGUUGUAUUACUAGUUGUUCUGAUAGAUUAUAUGGACGAUAUUUCCUUUAGCAAGAGAAGAAAAAACAGGGGAUACACAUAUCUCUGCGCCGGGUCUGCGAUAUGUGUAUCCCUUCUGCGAGCGCCGCAAUAUUCCACCUUUGCAUGUUGUUUGAUUCCUGUCUUAACCCUAGUUGUGUUACUAGUUAUGUUACAUGAUAUCGACGACAUUUCCUUUAGCAAGAGAAGAUAUUUCCUUAUUGUGUCGUGGAUGAGCAUCAGUGUUUAUUGUAUCCCCACCCGGAAUACACAUAUCACUAGGGAUAUGUGUAUGGGGAUACACAUAUCACGGGGAUACACAUAUCACUGUGACACCGGUUUGGGGGGCUUAUAUUUGAAGGGGCUUAUACAUGGAGGAGCUUAUUUUCGGAAUUUUACGGUAUGUUUUUUAUGACCAAAUCAAAGCGAAAAGGGAAAGUGUAUUAUCCCCGCAUAACAUUCUACGUGUUUCUAGGCGUCCCCCACAAAAACGUACCAAAUCAAUUCCCUUGUGCCACUAGGAAAACUUUCAGUUUCGAUUGAAGUAUUGGGGGAAUCCCCGCGCCUCGUUUUCAAGUAUGCUUAGACAGCAUGGUUAGACUAAUAGCAGUUUUCAGUUUCAACGUUCAGUGAAGCAUUUUUCUGUUGUAUGUCUGUUUUAACAGCUGGUUUUAACCAUGUCUAACGGCACGAAGCCAGUUUAUAGGGAUUUUGGCUUAAAUGAUAGCAAUGAAGCCUUCGGAGUCGACUUGAACGGUAGUGAAGGUAGCAUAAACAGUGCACACCAAGACUACGCGAGACCGCGAGCACCUUCCAUGAUAUCCAUCGUGUCGGUUCACGGUGGCGACGAAGACGUUGCUGGCAUCAGUGACGAUGAUAUUGAAGAAAACAACUCAGUAACUAAAGAGGACGCAAUCAUUAAUUUAAGCCUGAGUUCCGAGAGGUUGACUGGGCUGAGAGCUUACAUCAGGGGCACAUUGCAGUGGUUCCCAAACUCCGCUUCCGUCACACAGAAGGCAAUUUGCACCACAAUGCAGGUUCUAAUCGUGGGUAUCCUAGUUUGCUGCUACAGCUUCGACAUGGGUGCCUUUAAAAACAGAUCCCUGGUUAAAGAGGAAAUGAGUGAAACUGUCACUGCGGCCAAAAAUAUCAUCUGGUCUGUGAGGUUUCUGGAACUGAACGUCCUUGGGGUUCUUUACUUUCGGAAACGUCACCUGGAGAGAAUGCUAUCAAAAGUGAUUUUGACAAGGCGAUAUUGGAAGAAAACCCAAAAAACCAUCAGUAAAGCAAUCCUUGCUGUUAUUUUCUGCGUGAUUUUCUUCCCGCUCUUAUUGAAAACUGUCCAAAUGAAUUUGUCGACUCAAAAAGUGGCAUCUUUUAACGUGAAGCAAAUCAGUUUGGCGAAUUCUCUGUCCCUUUUCGCCCGCCUUGUAGCGCUGCCGAUGUUUGUUGGCUUCAUUUACGAAGUCUACAUUAUCUUCAGUCACAUUCGCUUUUUCAAAGAGCAGAUCCAAAAGUGGCCCGAGGAUAAAUUCGAAGAAGCGAGGAAUCGGUUCAUAAAUAUCAAGAACAUGAUUGGGGAUGCAGAAAGGUAUUUUCAACCUUUCCUUAUUACACACCUACUUCUGCUGUUGAUCCUGCUCAUUCCGUCAAUAUUUUCCUGUGCUGAACGCUUCCAAACUGAGAUCUACUACCGGCAGAAAUACAGCGACCCCCUGAUGUUAACUCCAUCAGCACAGAUCCCAUCAAACACGGGCUUCACUGUUACUAAUGUCAGUAGUUUUUAUAACAACAAUGAAAUGGGAUUGAUUUUAAAGAUAACAGGUCCGAACAACACUCGUCACCAAGUCAAGACAUUCAAGCUACCAUUUGAGUACACUGAUAAGCUUACAGACGUAAAAGAAGUGAUAAGGAUUGGUUGUAGUGCUUUAGGUGAUUUCCUGGAAAUGCUGGUGUUAUACACCCUGCCAUUAAUUUUCCUGGCCAAGUUGCACAAGAUCAUGACAAGGUUACCAGAAGUUGUUGGAGAUCUGAAAUUUUCAGAACAGAGGGAGGCAGGAUACCUGUUCCAGAACGAGGAAAUAUUAGAUAAGAUGGUGGCAAAGCUGUCAACAGGCAGGGGUAUUCAGAUAAUGGGAAUGAAUUUGACAGGUGUCAAGACUGCUUUGGUGACCCUGCUGCUGCCAUUUCUAACAACCGCAAUUCACCUGUUGCUCUUGCAUGUCGAUCUUAACUAAAAUGAAUGAAAGGUCUAUAUAGUUACAUGCAAGUAAAUAGUAGCAGGGAGCUGCAUAUGCUCUUUUUACAGAACAAAAUUGCCACUUCUGUCUACCCCCACCCCCCUUCAACCAGAAAAUAGGCAAAAUCACGUGAAUAGUAAACACAAACCUGUAUAUUCCAGUAUAAAGUGUAAAUAAUUUGUACAAGAUGACCUUGUGACAUUUCUUUAAACUUACUAUUUGUUGUUUAUUUUAUGUGAGUAAAGCCUGGGGAGAUAAUUUGCAUGCUAUUUUCAGUUAUGUAGUUUACCUGCCAAUAGAGCAAAAUGUCUACCAGGAAACCACAUAUUUUACAAAACUUGCAACAUAUAUUUGGCCGAUUAACCUCACUUUGGUCAAUGUAAAGCAGUCAUUUUGGUAUUUUUGAAUCAUGUUAUAGUUAUGUAAAAAAUUUUCAGGAGUUUGAUAAUGUACAUUGUAGCUAGAAAACUGAAGACUGUUUCAUUUCACAAUUAAAUAUUUUGAUUUCCCAAUACAGUCAACUCCCUUUAUUGUGGACACUGUAGGGACCUCGAGUUAGUGUCCUCAUUAGCGAGAGUCCGUAAUAGCGGGAGUUUACUUCAGUCAAACGUCUGUAAUUUGUUUUUGCCGGGGAUUUAGCUGCUGUCCGUUUUACCAGGAUGUAUGUUAUAGCGGGGUGUCCGCAAGGCGAGAGUUGACUGUAUUAUCAAAUCCUUUUUAAAAAAUCAUUUAAGAUAUCAGAAAAAACAACUCUGAGAGUUGUUUUAUUGUACAUUUUUUUAAAGAAAAUUAUGACCAAAAGGUUGUGGAACACAGUUCAUUGUUUGUCCAAAAAAGAAUAAAAAUGCCAUUGGAAAUCCUUCAUAUAUUGUGCAUGCAAUCUACAUCAGACCUUCAUGUACCUGUUAGCUUAUAAGUGAAUACUCUGUUGGAUACCUGAUUUCUAGAAUUAACUCAGUAGGCUCUUUAUGAAAAUUAAUAAUGAGUACAAUGUAAAAUAGAUCAAAAUUAUUGGAACUUACUGUUCCAAUUUCAUUUUAUUAUUUUGUUUUAUUCAAAAUGAAUGCAUUAUUACAGUAUACAGCUUUAUAGUCAUGUUAGUAAGGAACAAUUGGGUUCUAAUGUACAC